AUGGAUAUUAUUUCAAUUAAUGAGACAAAUUUACAUGAAAAAACUCAAUUUCAACUACCUGGAUUUAAUGUUUUUCGUUUCGAUCGUUCUGUCAAAAAAGGUGGUGGUGUUCUUCUUGCAAUAAGAAAGGAAAUGCAAUGUUAUGAAAUAUUAUCUCAAAAUAUUGAUGAUAAUGAAUGUGUUGCUGUACAAAUAAGUACAAAAAGUGGUCCACUUUUAAUCUGCUCACUUUAUAUACCACCUCGAAUAAAGAUAUCUUCACGACUAUUCGAUCAACUUCUAAAUAUUAAUGCAAAUUGUUUAAUUAUGGGAGAUCUCAAUGCAGCAUCAACUAUAUUAGGAUCACGUAAAACCAAUAAUAAAGGAAUCCAAUUACAAGAACUAUUGAACAAUACCGGUUUCUCCUGUAUAGAUGAUAAUAUAACCACAUAUGAAAGAAAUCAAUACGAAGAAAAAUUAGAUUGGAUCUUAGCAACUCGACCAAUUAUCUUCUGUAUUAAUAAUGUUAAUACCCAUAUGCCUCUGGGUACUGUUAGUGGUCAUAAACCUUUAACUUUUAAUUUAAUGACAAUGCCUGAUGAUAAACCACCGUCGCCACGAAUUCAAUUUUCAUUUAACUUAGCAAAUUGGUCUCUUUAUCGACAUGUUUUAAAUGAAAAGUUAAUGCAAUGGGAUAUGAAUCACAAGUUAGUUUCUGCAAAUGAUAUCGACGAAUAUGCAAAUUUUAUUAGUGAAAGUAUUGUGGCAGCAGCUCGCUCAGCUAUUCCUCAAAGUUCUGGUAAAAUCAAAAUUGAAAUAAGUCCAGUCACCAAACAUCUUAUCAAUCUAAAACAUCAAUUCUAUCGUAGUUGGAAGCAACAUGGUAUUGGAAAAAGUCAAUAUUACCGAACAAGAGAACAACUUACAUUAUCGUUACGAAAUGAUCGAAUUGCCAGACUGAAAAAAAUAUGCCACACUCUUACAACAAAACAAAUGAAUACAGGUAAAGUAUGGGCACUCAUUCGGAAAUAUCAUAACAAGAGAACCAAACAAAAGAUUACAUCUGUUUUAAAAUAUCAACAAAUGAAAGCAAAUAGUGAUCUUGAAAAGGUAAAUAUGUUUGCUACAUACUUUGAAAAUGAUGUUUAUCCAAGUACACCUGAUACAUCUGCCUUUCACGUCCAUAUAAGUGAGGUGGUCAAGAAAAUUAAGAAAUCAAUCAACAACUCAUCGAUCAAUAGUCCAUCAAUCAAUAGUCAGGAUUUUCAAGUUAUAACACCAAAAGAACUUAAAUCCAUACUGAAACAGUUACCAAAUUCGGCACCAGGACCAGAUAAUGUACAUAAUCGAUGUUUAAAGAAUUUUACCAAAUCACUCAUCGAUCAUUUACUCAAUUUAAUGAAUACAAGUUUAAGUUUUGGUUAUAUUCCUAGUUCUUGGAAAAAUGCAUUUAUUAUUUUAUUACUUAAACCAGGAAAAGAUCGAACUCAAGUAUCAAGUUAUCGACCUAUAAGUUUACUCAGUUGUGUGGGGAAAGUACUCGAAAAGAUCAUCAAACAAAGACUUUCAACGGAACUCAAACAGCGCAACAUCUUACCCCGUCAUCAAGCUGGUUUUUUAGAAGGAAAAUCUACUAUGUACAAUAUUUUAAGAUUAAAUCGUUGUGCUCGACAAGCGCUUGAUCGAAAUCAUCAUGCUGGUGUAAUCUUCUUUGAUAUAAAAUCCGCAUUUGAUAGUGUGUGGCAUGAUGGUCUCAUUUACAAGAUGAAUGAUUUUCGUUUACCAGUUUAUCUUAUUCGUUGGACAAUAUCAUUCUUAUACAGAAGAACGGCACAAAUAGAACUUGAAAAUCAACUUUCUCAUUCAUUUGAAAUUAAAAGUGGAACACCUCAAGGGAGUCCAUUGUCUCCUCUCCUUUACAUUUUAUUUACAUCAGAUUCAAUGAAUUCUAUUCCAUUUAAAGUUGAAUACGGACUUUUUGCAGAUGAUACUGCAAUCUUUACUUCAAGUAAUACAACAUCUAGAGUUCGUGAUCGUUUACAAGAAUCAAUUAAUCAAUUUAUUAAAUGGUGCGACUCAUGGAAACUCGUUAUUCAACCAACGAAAACUGAACUUAUACACUUUUCACCUCAUCCUCGUAAAAAAUAUCCAAAUCCUAUUCAUCUCAGAGUAUCAAAUAUUGGUCUACGACCACAACCAUCUGCACGUUAUCUAGGAAUUAUUUUUGAUAAACAACUACAUUGGAAAGAACAUGUGAAAAAUAUUGAAGCACGCACUCAAUCUCGCAUAAACUUACUUCGAUACUUAAAUAAGAUUACUCCUGAUUCAAAUGAAAAGAUCAUGCUCAAUAUAUACAAGUCUCUCAUUCGACCAAUUCUGACCUAUGGUUCUUCGAUUCUUUUACGUGCUGAAGAUAAGAUUUGGAACAGACUACAAAUUGUUCAAAAUAAAUCACUUCGAGCAGCGCUUAAUCUACCUCAUUUUACUUCAGCUACAUACAUACAUCAAAUAACCAAUAUACCAUAUAUUCGUUCAUAUGCUACAGUUCUUACUGAAAGAGCACUCACAAGAAGCCAACAAAUGGAAGAUACAGUAACUGAACAAAACAUAAUCUCUCUACUCAAUUGA